AUGAUAAAACCAAAAGGAAGACCUGCAACUCAAUGUUCACAUUGUAGAGAAAAUAGAAAAUUAAAAAAUUUACAUGUUUCAUGUUCAUGUGGUAAAAAAUCAAAAAAUGGUUCAAAUCAUGAUAUAAAUUGUGCUUGUCAUAAAACUAAUCAUUGUACUUGUUCAAUUAAUAAUUCAUCAUCUACAACUUCCAUUAAAAAGUCAAAAGAUAAUCAAAUAAUUGAGAAUAAUAAAAGAAAACAAUUACUAGAUAAUGAUUUAAGAAAAAGAUCUACAUCUGUUUCAGUUCAAUCAAAUACAAGUGAUUCAUCACCAGGAAGUAUACAAAAUUCUACUACUCCAUCAACAAAUAAUCAACAGCAACAACAACAACAACAACAAGAUCAUAAAUCAACAACUGCAAAUAAUAAUAAUUCACAACCAUCACACCAUCCAAUAAACCCUGAAUUACAUGAUAAUUUUGUAAUAGAAGAUAUACUAAUACCAUUUGAUACAAAAAAUGGAUUAUUUGAUAUGUUUUCUAAAAAUGAAAAUUAUGAAGAAUUUAGUAAUGAAACAACCCCAGAUAAAAUUCCAACUCAUUAUUCACAAAAUCCACAACAACAAAACAACGAUUACUCGACCAAAAAAUCAUCAUUAAUAGAUCCAACAAAUUAUGAUUCAAAUACUGAUGAUGUUGAUAAUAUGUUUCCAUUAUUUCCAUUAGUUGGAGGUCCAAGUUUUGAUAAUGAAAAUCAACCAUUGUCAGGAUUACCACAAAAUAAUAAAGAUUUUUAUCAACCAAAACCAGUUAGACCAUCAAUAGAUACAACAAAUUAUAACUUAGAUCUGUAUUCAUCGUUACCUUCAACUUCAGCAUCAGCAUCAGAAUCAACCACUAAUAUAAAUUUUGGUUCAAAUUUAAAUGAUCAUAAUAAUCAUAAUCAUCAACAACAAUCACAUUAUCAACAAACGCGACCUAAAAGACCAGAAAGUGUUUUAUCCAUAGCUUCAAAUUCUUCAACAAGAUCAUUUGAUUUUGUAAACAACAGUAUAAAUCAUAGUACAUCAUUUAUAAAUGGUGGUAUACCAUCAUCAACUACAUCAACAGCUUUUCCACCAAGUGGAGGAGUUACAUUUGAUGACAAUGUAGCAGAUGAUCAUAAUACAGCACAUCAUCAUUUUGGUAAAACUGGGUUAGGUUCAAACAAAUUUGGUUCUCAAUUAAGUAAAAUUGAAAGUGAAAUGUAUACUGAAAAUUUUUUUGAUGAAAAUAUAACUGAUAAUGAUCCAUUAAGUAAUUUAGAUCAAAACAAUUAUAAUAAUGAUAGUGUUAGUGAAUUACAAAGAAAUUUAUCUACAUCAUCAUCUAUUCCAACAUACUAUUCAAAUAAUAACAACAACAAUAAUAACAACAAUAAUAAUAAUAACAAUAAUAAUAAUAACAAUAAUAAUAAUAACAAUAAUAAUAAUAACAAUAAUAAUAAUAAUGGUGAUAAUAGCAACGAUAAAGAUAAUGAUCAAUUUAAUUCAACUUAUCCACUUGAAUUUGACGGUUUGCCUGAUUUCAAAAUGCCCAAUAAUAUCAACAACAGUAAUAUCAACAACAAUUAUAAUAAUCCAUUUACCAAUGAAGCAAAUUUCCCCAAUAAUAAUGGAAUAAUGAGUAAUGAAUUUAAGCAAAUGGUAGAAAGUGAUGAUAUACCAUUAUAUAAUGAUUAUUUCAUGCCAAUUUUUAAUAAUCAAACACCAACUCCAAAUAAUAAUGAGAAAGUUUGA